CAUCGGAGGCGUUGAACUGAACAGACGAGUGGACUCUUUGACUCACAACACGACGAGUCACACAACACGAGCUACAUUCCAUGAAGGCCAAGAGACGAUCGCGCUUGAAGAAAGUGAUAAAAUCAUCGAUAAAGAAAAGAAACGGUACGAGUCCUAAGAUCAGUAGGUACUGGUUUCAACGUUACGAUCUCUUCUCAAAAUAUGACCAAGGUAUCGAAAUGGACGAGGAAGGAUGGUACUCUGUGACCCCUGAAGAGAUCGCAAUCAAACAAGCUGACAGAUGUCGUGGCAAAGUGGUGAUUGAUUGUUUCUCAGGCGUUGGUGGUAACACUAUUCAAUUUGCUCAAGUAUGUUCUUCUGUUGUUGCCAUCGACAUUGAUCCAGUGAAAGUUGAAUUGGCGAUGAACAAUGCAAUGGUUUAUGGAGUUGCUAAUCGUGUAGAUUUUGUCAUUGGUGACUUCAUCCACUUAGCUCCAUCUCUUAAAGGAGAUGUAGUGUUUCUUUCACCACCAUGGGGAGGACCAAUGUAUAGAGGAGUUGAGAGUUACAAGAUGGAUAUGCUCCAACCGAUAGAUGGGUACACUUUGUUUAAGAUUGCCCUGUCCAUUGCACCUAACAUCAUUAUGUUUCUACCGAGGAAUGUUGAUGUUGCCCAAGUGGAAGAACUCGCUUGGCUCUCGUCACCUCCUCUAACUCUUGAGAUAGAAGAAAAUUUUGUUGCAAGCAGAAUGAAAGCCAUAACAGCAUAUUUUAGCUGCAAUGCAGUGUAGUUAAGAACUGGGAACCAUUGCAUCAAAUUAACUAUCUUUUUGUUCACCCAAUAGAGGAAAAUUGCUAAUUGACACUUAUCAUUCAAUA